AGGAGGAGGACCAGGGGAGGAGGAGAGGUUCCCCAGAGGAGGAGGACCAGGGAAGAAUAAGGGUUUCUCCAUGGGCUCUCCAGAGGAUGACUGUGGUGGUGGUGGCAAGGGCCCGGGGCUGCUAGGGGAGGGGCUAGGGGCCGGUCCUGGGGGUCCAGACCCCCCCUCUUCAGUAGUAGAGGACCCAGAACAGAGAGAGCUGAUGGAGUUCAGACCAGACCUUCUGGACCAGAACCAGAGACCAUCCAACAUCAUCAUGUUACGCAUGCUGCCACCCAACGCUACCGCCAACGAGAUACGUACCCAACUCCAGGACCAGGGGAUUGAUCCGACAGAGGUUCUGAUUCGCCUGAUGAGGAACAAAUCUUCAGAGGGUUUUGUCUAUCCUAGGCCAGAGGGUGUCUAUGCACUACAGUGACCCUAAACCACGCGCCAACGAGGACUGGCUCUGUAACAAGUGUGGGGUUCAGAACUUCAAGAGGAGAGAGAAGUGCUUUAAAUGUGGUGUUCCUAAAUCAGAGGCAGAGCUGAAACUGCCCCAGCUGAGGGAGUUACCCCUGGGUGUGCAUCAGAAGGACGGCUUAUUGCCCCUCCCUGCUCUCUACCAGCCAGCUGCUACCACCUCUACUGCCGUCACCACUCCCAGGGCUGGGGGCAGGGCUGGGGCAGGAGGAGCUGACACACAGCAGGCUGAGGUGGCCAAUGACACUCUGAUCCUGAGGAACCUGGGUCCCCAUACCUCCCUGGAGUCCAUCCUGUCCACUCUGGCUCCCUUCGCUACUCUGUCGCCUUCUAAUGUUCGACUGAUCAAAGAUAAACAGACACAACUCAACCGGGGCUUCGCUUUCCUACAGCUGUCUACUAUAGUGGAAGCAUCUCAGCUUCUCCAGAUCCUCCAGGUUUUACAGCCAGCUUCUCUAUAG